AUGCAGCCGAAUGGAUUGUUCCGGGUUCGGUCUCCAAAUGACAUUGUUCCAGGCCACUGCUCGGCUUUCAAACACCAAAACCACCACAAGAGGGAGCCGUUCACAAUAACUGCAGCCAUCACUGCUGGAAAGAGAGAUAGAGAGAGAGGGCACACGGCAGCGCGACCAGAAUACAGAGCAGGCCGAGAUGAUGUGGAAGACCUGGAGCGUGGCGGAGGUCACAUGAUCUCCACCGAUGACCUGGAGUACCCGCGUGAAUAUCGCACGCUGGGAAACAGCACGCGACGCUUCUCCAACGUGGGGCUGGUCCACACCUCUGAACACCGGCACACGGUCAUCGCCGCGCAGAGCCUGGAGGUGCAGCAACAGCCAAACUACUGGAGCUUUAAGAGCCGUAGUCCACGUCACUCCCAGUCCACUCAGUCAGGUUUGGCAGACCAGGCAUCUAAACUGUCCUUCGCAUCUGCUGAGUCUCUGGAGACCAUGUCUGAGGCCGACAUGCCGCUGGGCUUCAACCGCAUGAACCGUUUCCGUCAGAGCCUCCCACUCUCCCGCUCUGCAAGCCAGAAUAAACUACGCUCUCCAGGUGUCCUUUUCCUGCAGUUUGGAGAUGAGACCAGACGUGUUCAUAUCACUCACGAGCUCAACAGUUUGGAGACCUUGCACGCACUCAUCGUGCACAUGUUUCCUCAGAAGCUGACAGCGGGAAUGCUGAAGUCCCCGAACACGGCCAUCUUGAUCAAAGACGAAGCGAGGAACGUUUUCUACGAGCUGGAGGACGUGAGGGACAUACAGGACCGCAGUAUCAUUAAAAUCUAUCGCAAAGAGCCCAUCUAUGCCUCCUAUCCUGCGGCACAUCUGGCCAACGGAGACCUCAGGAGAGAGAUGGUUUAUUCAUCCCAGGACUCCUCACCUACCCGUCGCCUCAACACUCUUCCUUCCUCCUCUGCCUCGCCCUCCUACGGUUCUCCUUCCCGAUCCCGUCUCUCCUACAGUGGAGGUCGGCCCCCCUCUUUUGCUGGUCCGGGUCACCCUCACCCACAGGGUCCCCAGCAUCCGUCCCACUCCCACCACCCUUCGCCCUCUCACGGACAGACUCAAGGCCUAACCCCCUCCUCCUCAGCCAUCCUAGAGCGGCGUGAUGUCAAACCUGAUGAGGAGAUGUCUGGUAAAAGCAUGGUCCUCCUGAAGAACGAAGGUCUUUAUGCUGAUCCGUACAGCUUGAUGCACGAGGGUCGGCUUAGUAUCGCUUCUGCUCAGUCCCUGGCCACCAUCGCCGACCCCUUUGGCUUCCCAGUGUCAGGAGGUCUGUACCGCAGAGGUUCGGUGCGUUCUCUCAGUACAUACUCAGCUGCAGCACUGCAAAACGACCUGGAGGACAGUCUGUAUAAGCCUGGAGGUUCUCUAUACUCCGAUACUUACAGCAGCUCCACGCUCGGCAUGGGCUUUCGUCUGCCGCCCUCCUCCCCGCAGAAAAUUCCCGACGUGCAGCUGCGUGACAGGGAAUCGUUCACUGGGUCUCCCAGCCGAGGGUCGCCUGUGAGAACCACCUUCCGCAAAGACUCCGCUUCCUCUUCCGUGUUUGUGGAGAGUCCAAAGUCCAGACCCAGCUCCAGUUCUGAACCCCUAGGAGAUGGGAGUAAGGGACCUGGAUUUGGGUUGUCAUUGUCUGGGCCCGAGACGGACACACGCAGUGAUCGUAUGGAGGCAAUGGAGAAGCAGAUAGCCAGUCUGACUGGACUGGUUCAGAGCGUCCUAACCCGAGCACCAGACAGCGACACUGGCCGGCUGAAGAAGAAAGCGCUGACUCCAUCUGCUCCGCUGGCACUGAUGCCUCCGCCUUCAUCUGGAGGCUCUCAGGCCUCCACCGUCUCCAGGCUACAGAUGCAGCUUCACCUGAAUGACCUACAACAGAAUGCCACCGAUCUGCGCAAACAGCUCGCACAGCUUCGUAAGAUGCAGUUGCAGAACCAGGACUCCAUACUCAGUCUGCUGAAGAGGACCGAGACAGAGCUGAGUCUCCGUCUAUCAGAUGCGCUGAGGAAACAGGAAGACCCUCUCCAGAGACAGCGCCUCCUAGUGGAAGAGGAGAGACUCAAGUACCUGAACGAGGAGGAACUCAUCAUACAGCAACUGCAUGAUCUGGAAAAGUCAGUGGAGGAAAUCCAGAAGGAGAUGUCUGUCAAUCACCGACAUGUGACAGUGCAGGAGCUGGAGGAGAAAAUCUCGCUGCUGAGGAAACUGGGAGAGACUCUUACGGAGCUGAAGAAUCUUUUCCCAGGGCUCCAGAGUAAAAUGCGUGUGGUGUUACGAGUGGAAGUGGAAGCUGUGAAAUUCCUGAAAGAGGAGCCACACAGACUAGACGCCCUGCUUAAACGCUGCAAAUCUAUCACAGACACUCUCUCCACGCUGAGGAGGCAGGUGAAUGAAGGAGUGUGGAAGACCCAGGAUGAGUAUUCCAGCCCCUCCCCUAAACUCGGAGGAGGGGUUGAGUACAGGAAGAACCCAGAAUUCGACAUUCCAACCAGCCCACCGCUAAGCCUCAAUGAGACCAGCCUGGCUAACUGGAGCCCUCACUCUGGUCAAGGACACAGCCACUCGAACCCUUCUAGUGCACAGCGUGAGAAAGAUUAUCAUGGGGUGGUGAGCUCGUUGAAGGGACGGGAGCUGGGCGAGCUGGGAGGUCGAGGCGGGUCUGAUAAGGCCUCAUCUGUGGAAGUGAGACUGGCAGCAGAGCGGGAUUGGGAAGAAAAGAGAGCCAGUCUAACACAGUACAGUGCUCAGGACAUUAAUCGACUGUUGGAGGAGACUCAGGCUGAGCUCAUGAAGGCCAUUCCUGACUUGGACUUUGCUGCCAAGCAGAUCCGACCUGCUCAGAACCAGAUUCAAAACCAAAACCAGAGCCCGAGUCCAUCUAACACCAAUGCCACACCUGAACACAAGCCUAAUAAACCUCAGAAUAAACUUUCCAGUAAAGAUAGCGGAUCUAGACGAGGCUCGGAUGAACUGACGGUGGCAAGGUAUCGAACGGAGAAGCCGGCAAAAUGCCCCCCUCCUCCACCUCCCCGCCGGAGUUUCCCCUCCUCCCCUGGGCUUACUACACGCAGCGGAGAGAUGAUCAUUCCUGGAAAGAGUAUAAAGAAGUCAGAAUCAGAGGAGACCGAGUCUCAGAAGCCACACGUUAAGCUGAGGAGGAGUGUAUCCGAAGCCCCCCGACCGGCCUCCACCCCUCCAACCAUUGCUGGUGGAGAGCGAGAGGAGGGUGCCGAGGAGAGGUUAGCAGCUGAGCUGGAGAUGCAGCACGGGAUGUCCUCCACUCCAGUUCCCCAGAUAGUCUUAACUGAGUGUAACUCUCUCCCCACGUCCCCUUCUGAGGACUCAGCAGAGAUCCGGCCAUCUGACAGCAUGCAGAUAAUUAAAGACAAUAACACUGGAAAUAACAUCAGAGUAAGUUACUUCAGCCACAUUGUGAGGACUCCCCGUCUGUCGCUAUGGAAACAAGACUUGUCAGCCAGCCAAAAAGUCCCUCGGAUACAAGACUUGGAUGCAGCCCAGAGGGAGCUCCAGAGUCCUGUCCAGGAUGUGACCCAGUCGUGCCCGCCCUUAACAAGCAAGAGAGCAAUUAAACAGCCCCUGAGGAGGGAGCCAAGGGUUCAGGAGUCUCUCGAGGCGGCGACGGAAACGAAAGAAGAGCGAAUGAGAAAGCCAGACACUACAAUGUCUGUCUCGCCGCAAAAAGGGCCUGUAGAGAUAUCUCAAGUGGGUUUGAUCCGCACUCAAGGCGUUGGAGGGGAAAAGGAAGACAUCUGCCACAGCACAUACCGUCGUCUGGACAGUCUGGAGGAGACCAUCCGUGAGCUGGAGCUCAGCCUGAUGGAGUUCAGCACUGAUCCUCACAUGGGGAACAUCUUCCCAGCAUCCGUCCAGGCGCAGAGUUCCUCCACCAAGAGAUCUGGCAGCACUCCACAUACAGCACAGACCCCUGCAGACGGAGGAGACACAAACAAACCUGCUGUCCCACCCAAACCGUCCUGCAUCAGCACAUCCACAGCAAAGACUGGUGGUGGAAAAGUGUUGUCUCGUCUCAAGCACCUGCAGCAAAGUGGAUCAGAAAAGAGCAAAACAAGCAAACAGAGAGAGGACUUCCUUAAGAACCAGGGUCAACAGCAGGCUCUAAGUCUGAACAUCAGCAGAGCCAGAGCAACCGAGUCGCUCCUCGCAAGCACCAGAGCCGCUAGCUUCUCUGGCCACCUGCCCUCCAGAUUGCGAAAGUACUCCCAGGAGGGGGCGCUGUCCUCCUUGACAGCCUCCUCCAACCAGGCCAAAGCGCUUCUUGCUAGCCUCUCUGCAUCCAGUCUCUCGGCGGAGGCCCUCCUGCUCUCGUCCACCUUAAGACAGCAUCGGUUACUCAGAGAGCAGAACUUCAACUCCUCAAGCCUUCCUCUUCCCAUCUCCAACGGCCGCUCCCCUCCCUCUCCGACUUCACCUACUUCCUCUUCCUCAACCUCAACCUCAUCACCCUCUGCUCUCACCUCACUGAGUCUGUCCUCGCUGGCCCUGAAACCCUCCGUCGCCGGAAGCUUGGAGUUUGUCAAGGAGCGGAACAAGACUGAACCCAAGACGGUGACUCUGGACGACAGUGAUUAAGGAGGAUGUGGCUGGAAAUGUUCCAUGUAUAGGAUGCGGACAGCACAAGUAGAUGAAUUGAAAUACGACUGACCUAAAAGUUUUUUUUGGAGGCUUAGUUUCUAUAGCGUUUUGUUUCCAAUCCUUUCCCUGGCUAUCCUUACCAAGACGCCUUGCGGAGAAUGGUGACGUAGUGCACGGAGGCAUAGUGCAGCAUUUUGCAUCAUAGGUUCACUUAUCUUCAGUUUGUGAACAGAUCCAAACUGUAAACCCUACCUACUCUGCAUUUCUGCCAGUUCCUCAAACUAGAGAACCAACAGAUGGGCUUGGACACUCACCACCAGCCUGUUUCCAGCUCCACUGCACAGCCAGCAUCACACCACCCACGGGAGGCAUGGGGAAGGACUCUUUACCCAAACCCUCAUUCAUUUGCCAAAUCUCACAUGUUGGAGGUCUAGCUGAGUUCGGUAGAUGUCCAUCAAGUGUAAAAUCAAGACUGUAAGACUAUGUAAAACCAAGUAGAGUUGCAAUAAUCGAAAGUGAGUACUGUAGUAGUCGGUGUUUGUCGAGACGUUUUAUUGCUCAUAUCUAUAUUAACAAAAAGAAUGUUAAAAAAUAACAGCAAAACCUUAAUGUGGAGGCAGUGUCGCUCGUUCUAAUGUAGAUUUUGGCUAUCCGGCGUACUGCUAAAGGAAAAUAACUGAAAUUGGUGCUAUGAUUAACAUUUUGAUGAUUAUAAACUCCCUUAAAGGGAUAGUUCAUCCAAAAAUGAACAUUCUGUCAUGACUUACUCAUUCUUAUAUUGUUGCGAACUGAAUGACAUACUUUUUGAAAAAUGUCUCGGUUUAUUGUCUAUACAAUGGAAGUCAGUCAGGUCUAACAAUGUUUUGGACCCCGCUGACUUAAAUUGUGUGGACAAAAACAUUCU